AUGUGCCACUUUCAGGUCUCCUCACACUGCUGGUGUGUUGAAUUUUUUGACAUAGGGUGCUGGCAGAUUACGGGCCUCCCAUAGCUGCUGCCAGGCCCCUAAUCUGCCAUGGGCCCCUAUACCGCCUCCUCAUGCUGCUGCCAGGUCCAGAGUCUCUCAUGGGUCCCUGUACGGCCUCCCAUUGCUGCUGUCUCCAUCGCCACACUCUGCCAUGUGCCACUUUCAGGUCUCCUCACACACUGCUGGUGUGUUCCAUUUUUUGUCAUAGGUUGCUGUAUGGCCUCCCAUUGCUGCUGCCUCCACCGCCACACUGUGGCUCCAAACACUGGUUUUGGCCCCGUGACUGGCCAAAUGAGUGAAGUGUGCGGUGAUUCUAAGAUCGACGGCACUCAUCUGCAUGUCAUACUG